UAAAAAUGUCAGAUACUAGCCAAGCCAGCACUAAGAAAAAGAAGGAGCCUGUGUAUCCAGUCAAACAUACUAAUGAGUGGGACCCAAGCCAACCGGAUGAGUAUGUCAAGGAGCCGAAUAUUUACAAUGACCAAUAUCAUGUCAUUGGGGAAAGAAGAGAUAGCAAUUUUAUGAAAAUUGCUGAUAAGCUUAGAGAUGAUAGGAAUGGGUUCUAUGAAGUAGACCCCUCGGGGUACAAUUUUUACCAGCAUAUCAUUCGGAAAUUCAACCAGAAGGGUGAUAAAGAUUGAUUCAUGGAACUUACAUCGAUGGUCCUUGAUGAUUUAAAGAGCAACGGGUUGAAGCAAGGUGAUGUAUCUUUGUUUAACAAGACAUUCAAUGGGGAAAAUCAUCAAAGAGAAAGCAUUUUGAUGUGUAUGGCCAAGGAAGGCAAGAUCUAUCCAAUAUCUUGGUUAUUAGAAUCUCUAGUUCUUGAAAAUAUGAAUCAAAUGAUAGAUGUUAACCACACAGAUGGUUCAGGGCAAACCCUCCUUCACGCCUUAUGAUCUAGAUCGAAAGCUCAGGAAGCUUUUGAUAUCUAUUGUGAUAAUAAAGAGUAUUAUGAAUUUGAUUUGGAUAUCAGAGAUACAGAAGAUAUGUCUAUCAUGGAAAUGUUCAUGAAAGCAGGCAUGCUCGCGAGGAGCAUCGAUAAAAGAAACUUCGGGUUUUUUAAAGAAGCCAUUGAAGUGGCCAUGUUCCAGAUAGAGGAGGGUGAAGAAUGAUGCAUACCUGAUAGUUAUUCAGAGGCUGGAGAGAUGGGAAUUAGCUUUAUUGCAGAUGUAGUUUUAUGCCCUGAUUUGGAAUUUUUGGAGUACAUCCUGAAUGCACAUUUUUAUGAAGCUGACAGUUUGUAUGAAAUAAUUAAGAUUGGAGAUCUUACCUCUGAGCUUAACAAGUUUUGUGAGAUAAUGGGAACAUCCCCGAUUAUUUCAAUCCUUAAAAAUGGAGAUUUCAGGAAGAUUAAAUUAAUCUUGGAUUACAUCACAAAGCACAAGACUAUUAAGAUCAACCUUGAGGUAAAAGAUCGAGUCUUCAGAAAUGUUGUGCACUGUGUUUUUGAGAAUAAGAAUCUAAGCAAUCAAGACUUCCUUCAUAUCUUCAUUAAUUAUAUCAAGAAUUUAACUUUGGACAUGCUCGUAGAGUCUGAAAAUUUUAACUUCAACUCCUUGUAUAAUUCAGCUACUAAAAGUGGACACUCUGCACUCACUCUCUUGUUUGCAAGAAUGAAGCCUGAGCAUCAAGGUGUCAAAGACUAUCGAUUAGUCUUUGACCACAUAUUGCAGAUGACUGAUUUCAAGAAGCUAGUCGAAGAACCAGUGACCAUUAACCCUUUUGAAAAAUGUAUUGAAUGCGGUCUCUCUGAUUAUUUUCAAAGCAUUUUAGAAAAUGAGGGGCACUCAAACUUCUUCACUCUGAACACAUUCUCCUUUAUUUCCUUUUCUAAAGGAGGCAAAUGUAUUUAUGAUAAUGAUCAUUCUCCAAUUGAGCUAGCUUUUAGGCAUGGACAUCCUAAAAUGAUUCAGUACGUUAUUGACAGCUUAAGUGAGAUAGAAUCGUUUAUGUUCGUAUCAAACGAGAAAAUGAUCUCACUUUAUGGCAUUCUAAUGUCUGUACACUCUACACUUACCAAAAUUGAUGUAAAUGUUUCUGAAAAUGAUAAUGACUCGGUCCUAUCAUGUUUGUACAGACAAUUUCGGGAUAAAAUCUUAGGCAUAACUGCACAAGGACUCCAAAAUCUAGACAAAAAUAGCAUUACAGUUGACUCAGAAGGAAGAACAGCAGAAGAGUUUUUGAAAUUUUUACUUACUUCUGCUGGAAAAAAUUAUGAACACAAAUUAUGGAGUUUAUGGAACGAAGAAGCUGAAGGAGAGGAAGUUGAAGAAGAAAAUGAAUUUCAGAAUAUAGUUGAUUAUUGACUGUCCAAAGCACUUGAUACUGAAGAAAAGAUAUGCUCUCAAUGGUUUUUCAAGAGACUAUGAAGUUGGAUUGAUGACCUAAUUCAAAAUAAUAGUUGUGAUGUGUCUAAUAUCUUAGAAGUUUACAGCAAUCACGUAAUAUCUUCAUUGAAGUUGAUGAUAAAUCGCCCUGAAUGCAAAUACAAAUAACCUUUAUCUUGAAAAUCUCAAGAAGGAAGAGGACAAUGAAGGAGAAGAUGAUGAUGAGUAUGAAUCCUCAAGGGAUAAUCUAUUUGGGAUUUGAAAAUACAUACCUGAAGUUGAUAUGAACAGCUAUAUCCAAUCAAGGUGUGCAAUAUAUAGAGCCCAUCCUAAAAGUGAUACUAGUUACUUAGAUAUUAUAUCAAUUUUUGAAAGUUUACAGAAGUGGGACUCUACUUUGAGCGACGCACAGAAAAUGCUCGCGUUUGAUAAAUAUACCGAAACCUUAAACCAAUGGCAGCUAAAAAUUGGUUAUAAAGAAGAAAUGAGACUGCUUUGUAAAUAAGAUCGUUGAGACAUUGACCUUGUAUGAUUACAAAUUCAAUGUUUAUGAUCUUGAAUCGCCUAUAAUCCGUUGUUUGACCUUUCUAUUUAAGGUACUGAUGGUUCAUAAAGAAUACUCUUGAGUUAUAGCCUUACAGGAAUUUGUCAAGAAGAAUGUGAACAGGUUCAAAGAGUACAUCACAAAUCUCACUGAAUCCUCAGAAGAAGAAGGUGAAGGAGACUCAGGCAACGAUGUGGAACGGAAUAUGAAGACAAAGAAGGGCUGUGGAAGAAUUGUCAUUAAAUUUCUGGAGAAUUUGAAAGUGGAUGCUCCACUGGUGCUGAGUGAAGAUGUGGAUUUAGAUGUGGUCUUGGAGAUGCUGAAGGGAGUCAUUGGGCUAGGUGGGUUUUGGAAGCUAGGAUUGAGUUAUAAUUAUUGGAGAACAAAAGUGAUCAGAGAAGGCAUGGAGAUAGAUGAGGAGACCAAAAAACUCAAGAAAGUGAUAAAAAUGAUGAAGGUUAUUGAGAGAUUUAAGGAGUGAUGUUAUUUAUCAAAUUUGCUGCAAAAUUUGGUAUGAUUUGAAGAUGAUAAUGAUAUAUUGAAAGAUGUUCUUGAGUGGGAAACUCCACUGAAGUUAAUCUCAACAGGUAGCUUUCCUUUAAAAACUUGCAAUAAUAUAUCUGGAAUUGUCAAAAAUGAUCUCCUCUACUUGUUUAUUAUUGCUGCAACAUACAAGAAUUUUGAAGCUUGAAACAUACUUCUCAGAAAUAAUAUCACUUACUCUAAUAAUAAUCAGUCUGAAAACAGGUUCGAUGAACAUUUGAGUUUGGAGGAAUUCUUAAAAUUUUACCCUACCAAACCAGAAAUACUGAAGGAUUUAGUUCAGAGUGAACAAAUUUUUGAAAUUUUGUGAAAUAUUGCUGAGAAACAUUGGGAAAGUGUUAAAAGAAAAGACCAAAAAUGGAUUUCACAAUUAUUUAAAAUUGAGGAAAAACCGAUAUUUAGAAUGGACUAUCGAAUUAAAAAGGAGCCCCAGAAUUCGAAUGACUCUUCUUCAGAAGGUUAUGAAGGAGAAGAGAGUGAUGAUGAGCCAGAAGUUGAUGAAAGAGUCUUGACUAGUAUUAGAGCUAUCACCAUGAAGGAUGAAGAAAUACCAGAUUUUAACUACAAUUUCUUUUAUGGCAACACCUAUGCCCUAGACUCACUGGUUCAGACCCAUAGUGUGGCCCAAAUCAAGCACUUAAACAGUUUAGGAUACCAAAUUGGUAAGAUAAUUUCCUUCAGACGAAAAUAA